AUGGUGAACGAUAAAAAUCCAGAAAUUACACACGUAAUAUUCGACCUCGACGGGCUAUUAAUUAAUACUGAACCAGUAUACACGGAAGUGAAUUCUUAUACAAUGGCGAUGUUCGGGAGGAAGUUUACUUUAGAUUUAAAAGCUUUAACUAUGGGAAUGACAAAUGAGGCAGCAAUUUCAUUAAUGCUUGAAAAGGUUGGUUUAAGCGGAAAAGUUAGCGUCGACGAAUAUAGAGCCAUUUAUAAUCCUCUUCUACGAUCAAAAUUGCCAUACUGUGAGAAGAUGCCUGGGGCGAUGCGUCUCGUUCGACAUUUAGCGAUAAAUAAUAUCCCAAUGGCUAUAUGUUCCGGCACCCGUAGUUAUGAAUUUAAGCUCAAAACAAUGAACCACAGGGAAUUGCUGGAUUUGAUUCCGUUACGGGUUUGCGCAAGUGAUGAUCCAUCAAUUCACGAAGGAAAGCCCUCACCAGAUGCAUUUCUCGUCACGAUGGAACGUUUUGAAAUUCCUCCAGCUAGUCCAUCGAAUGUACUUGUUUUUGAAGAUGCACCAAACGGUGUGAUUGCAGCUGUUAGAGCAGGCAUGCAUGUGGUUAUGGUUCCAGAUUUCACCUAUUCAAAACCGCCAGAAGCCGUUGAGGACCAAAUUUCAUUCGUAUUAAAAAGCUUGGAGGAUUUUGAACCUGAAACAAUGGGUUUGCCAAGCUAUAACAAUGAUAAGAUUUCCCCAUUCAUCUCUUCAUGGACUAACUGA